GGGGGAGGACCGGCACCAGCACCAGCACUCCAGCAGCACCAACCAAAAAACGGAGGGAGACAACAGACAAGGCGCAGCAAAAAUAUCGCCCCCGUCCCCCCCGACUUCCCCGAUAUCGCGCGCGCGCCCGGUCUCUUCUUCUUCCCCAUGUGAGCUUGCCUUGCCCCUCCCUCUCCCCCCCUCCCUCGUCGGUCGUCGCCUCCGCUGCACCAACCACAGCACCCCCGGCCGCCCGUCGCCUUCGGCUGGGCGGAGAUGGUGGCCGCUCGCCGGAGCACCGCCGCCGUCCUGCUGCUCCUGCUCCUGCUCGCCGUCUCCGUCUCUUCCUCGCCCCCGUCGCCACGUGGCCGGGAGCGGGACAGAUCGGCGCUUCUCCGGCUCAGGGACGCCGUCCCCUCCUCCGGGCUGCUCCGCCGGUGGUCGCCGGGCGCGGACCACUGCUCCUGGCCGGGGGUCGCCUGCGAUGCGAGGUCCCGGGUAGUCGCCCUCCACGUGCCCUCCAGCUUCCCGCGCGGGAGCGGGAGCGGGGUCGCCGCCCAGCUGCCCACGUCGGUCGGGCUCCUCACCGAGCUCAAGCACCUCUCCCUGCCCUCCCUCGGCCUUUUCGGCGAGAUCCCCGCGGAGAUCUGGCGGCUGGAGAAGCUCGAGGGGGUCAACCUCGCCGGGAACUCGCUCCGGGGCGCCCUCCCGCCCGCCUUCCCGCCGCGGCUGAGGGUGCUCAACCUCUCCUCCAACGCGCUCAGCGGCGAGAUCCCUGCCUCCCUCUGCAGCUGCACGGAGCUGAAGUUCUUGGAUCUUUCCGGCAACCGGCUCAACGGGUCCGUGCCGGCGGUCGUCGGCGGCCUCCCCAGGCUGAGGCAGCUCGACCUGUCCCGGAACCUUCUUGCUGGGAGCAUCCCCUCUGCUCUGGGGAGCUGCACGCAGCUCCGCUCGUUGCGCCUCUUCUCCAAUAUGUUGGACGGUUCCAUCCCACCAGAGCUUGGACGGCUGAGCAAGCUGCGGGUUUUGGACGUAUCCGGUAACAGAUUGAGCGGUCUGGUGCCCAGGGAGCUAGGGAAUUGCUCAGGUUUGUCGGUUCUCGUGUUGUCGAGCCAGUUUGAUGCAGUGAAAUCACAUGAGUUCAAUCUCUUUGAGGGAGAGAUUCCGGAGAGUGUCACAGCUUUGCCAAAGCUUAGGUUGUUAUGGGCGCCGAAGGCGGGCCUGAAAGGGAAUCUCCCAAGCAAUUGGGGAAGCUGUCAAAGUUUGGAGAUGGUCAAUCUCGCAGGUAAUUUACUUGCUGGAGUGAUUCCUAGGGAGCUAGGGCAGUGUCGAAACCUCAAGUUUCUCAACCUCAGUUCCAAUAGAUUGUCCGGUUCGCUUGAUAAAAAUCUUCAUCUGCAUUGCAUGGAUGUGAUUGAUGUCAGUGGCAACAAACUCUCAGGCUCAAUUCCAGCGUCUGCGAACAAAGAGUGUGCGUCACAGCAACCGUUGGAUGGCGUGACAUCUGGCUAUUCUUCACCCUUCAUGUCCCGAGCUGUAGCACAACUAUCAUUGGGUUACUGUGAAUCAGGAGAGUGUUCAGUUGUAUACCAUAAUUUCGCAAAGAACAAGUUUGGAGGCCGUCUUACAUCCUUGCCUGUUAGCGCACACAGAUAUGGAAACAGGACCUUGUAUGCAUUAAUUCUUGAUCACAAUAACUUCACUGGAUCAUUGGAUGCAAUUCUGUUGGAACAGUGCAGCAACUUAAAUGGUUUGAUCGUCAGCUUCCGAGACAACAAGAUAUCUGGUGAGCUUACAGAAGAAAUCUGCUCAAAAUGCAAUGCCAUCAGAGUUUUGGUUCUAGCCGAGAAUCAAAUUUCAGGAGUGUUACCUGCUAACAUUGGUUUGUUGGGUUCUCUUGUAAAGAUGGACAUCAGCAAAAACUUUCUGGUUGGUCAAAUACCUGCCAGUUUCAAAGACCUCAAGAGCUUGAAAUUUCUCUCGUUAGCUGCAAACAAUAUCACUGGUCAGAUACCGUCCUCUUUGGGGCAGUUGAAAUCACUGGAGGUUUUAGAUCUGUCAUCUAAUUCUCUCUCUGGGAAUAUCCCUAGUAAUAUUGUGACACUGAGAGGCCUCACCACACUUCUGCUGAACAAUAAUGAGCUCUCUGGAAACAUUGCCGAUCUUACCCCUUCAGUAUCAUCACCGUCUGUUUUUAACAUUUCAUUCAAUAACUUGGCUGGGCCGUUGCAUUCGAAUGUGCGAGCACUCAGUGAGAAUGAUGGUAGUCCAGAACCUGAGAAUACACCCAGCGAUGGUGGAGGCUUCACCAAAAUAGAGAUUGCCUCAAUAACCUCAGCAUCAGCGAUCGUUGCAGUUCUCUUGGCCCUGAUCAUCCUUUACAUUUACACUCGUAAAUGUGCAUCAAGACCAUCAAGGCGUUCUAACAGGAGAAGGGAAGUGACUGUUUUUGUGGAUAUUGGUGCUCCUUUGACAUAUGAGACCGUUGUACGCGCUGCUGGCAGUUUUAAUGCAAGCAAUUGCAUUGGAAGUGGUGGCUUUGGAGCAACAUACAAAGCUGAGAUUGCACCAGGCAUUCUGGUGGCAAUAAAGAGGCUCGCUAUUGGAAGGUUCCAAGGUAUUCAGCAGUUCCAAGCAGAGGUGAAAACUCUUGGAAGGUGUCGGCAUGACAAUCUUGUAACGCUCAUAGGGUACCACCUCAGUGAUUCAGAGAUGUUUCUAAUUUACAAUUUUCUGCCCGGCGGUAACUUGGAAAGGUUCAUACAAGAAAGGACAAAGAGACCAAUCGAUUGGAGAAUGCUUCACAAAAUUGCUCUAGAUGUUGCACGUGCACUUGCAUACCUUCAUGAUAAUUGUGUCCCACGUAUUCUGCACCGGGAUGUGAAGCCAAGCAACAUCUUGCUUGACAAUGAGUACACUGCAUACCUUUCUGAUUUUGGAUUAGCAAGACUACUUGGGAAUUCAGAAACUCAUGCAACCACCGGUGUCGCGGGUACUUUUGGAUAUGUUGCUCCAGAGUAUGCGAUGACUUGCCGUGUUUCUGAUAAGGCUGAUGUGUACAGCUACGGAGUUGUACUGCUUGAACUUAUUUCAGACAAAAAAGCACUGGACCCUUCCUUUUCUCCGUAUGGAAAUGGAUUCAACAUAGUUGCCUGGGCUUGCAUGCUUCUGCAGAAGGGCCGAGCUCGUGAGUUCUUCAUAGAAGGGCUGUGGGAUGUGGCUCCGCAUGAUGACUUGGUUGAGAUUCUGCACCUCGGUAUCAAGUGCACUGUGGACUCUCUUUCUUCUAGGCCCACAAUGAAGCAAGUUGUUCGGCGACUAAAGGAACUCAGGCCACCCUCUUACUAGAAUUUGCAACUCUAGUAUGGCAUACGUCUCAAGACUGAGAGUAAGGCUAGACUGUUCUAUGGCCCUUUGUUAAGAAACAAUGUUUUUGAUGCAUACUUGAUGAACAAAUCUGCGCCUGCAGAAAGCAACUGCAGUAUCGGAGGGAUGAAUUCAUUGAUCCUGAUCAACAGAUGAUUUGCUGUUAAAGCUGUUGGGGAUUCUGUUUCACCACAACUGCCAAGGAUACUCCUGGGAAAUUAGUGGACACGGUAUCCACGUCAUGUCCUCUGGUCAUGUCAUGUCCUCCGGUCAUGCGGUCGAUGACCAGCGCCAUGUGCAAAGAUUGGAUUACUGCACGGCAUAGCGGUGCCGCUGAAAUGGCCGUCGCUCGAAGGGACUCCGAGGGGAAGUGCUGCUGCGCCUAGCAUCGCUGUACGUGACAACCUUCCCCUGAAAUGCGAUGCGGCAUCAUCGAUGCCAUGAAAACUCGAUUGCGCGUCGUGGUUCAUCUGCCUUGUUGUAGUUCUGCCGCGAUCCUCAAAACACGGAGGAAACCCUGCCUUGUCCUGUGGCCUCCUCCAUGGGUGAGGAGAUAGAAUGGCUGAUCUGAAGAGAAGGGAAACCUCUGUUCUUCAGGUGGAGUGGAGGCCCGGAGCAGCGAUUAUUGUCGAAAAUCGUUUGAUUAGCUGACUUGGCCUUUGUAACAGCAUAUCGUGUCCUUGCUGCUUUCUAUUAAAUAAAAGCAGGGCCAUGUAGCCUUUUUGUUAUAUAUCUAAAAAAUAGUGUAUCGUUUCCUACACUUACAGCAACUGACGGAUAAUUGUCAAGAUGCGUAAUAUUUUGGGCGGCAAUGGCAUGCCUCAAACAGACGACAGAUAUAUUGAGUUGGCUGUCUGUAUCACGAAAGUGAAGGAAUUUUCUUUUCUUUGUUGA